CGGUAAGUUUAGUUGGUGCACACCGGCUAGCCGCAUGACAGCAGGCAGCGUGUGUCCUUCUGAGGGAUCAACAGAAAAUUUUGAGUAAACGUGCAGCUGAAAUAUGUUAUAUUAAUUAAUUUACAUGUGAAUAUUAUUGUAAGACAUAUGAUGUAUAUAUAAUACAGACGGGGGCAGCCCUGACUUGUGAUGUGAUGCACAUAAACAUCAGUGUUUAAAAAGCACGUCUAUGAUGAUACUUCAGAGGUUUUGCACACAGGCUGUGCGAUGGAGAUGCACCUCUGCCCGGCUUCACACUGUUUUUCAAAAACACACAAGGAGUUUGAGAUUACAGGAGCUCGGCUCUGUUCCCUCCACACACGUCUUAACUCGACCCAUCAGCACCAGCUGGGGACUACGGAAAGAUGGAGCAGACAAUGUUCCUGCUGAAAAGCCUGACCUGGAAUUCUGGAAAUCCAUGAUGAAAUCUCAGGCAUUGCAUGAGGAAAAAAACAACAAGGAGAAUUUAACACUGCACGCAGAAGCAGAGCCGUCCGUGAUGGAAGCCAGUCGAGAGCUGGUGGAGAUGUGGCAUCACGCAGGAAAGUUGGUACCGAAGAACAUUACAGAUGAGCAGCUAGAACAUCUCUCUGGACUGACCACGAAGUCUGGUAAAAAGAAGUACCUCAAGUUUUUGGCAAUCAAGGAAGGGCACAAGAUUUCCAAGAAGGAGAAGCAGGAAAAGAAGAAAUUGGAAAAGAAAGUGGAGGCGAACGAUGAAUCAGAGAAAGAUGAUGGAGAUGCGGAAGAACAUUCCUUGAAGAACACAUUCCUGUUGAGGUUCUGGAGCCGCUCUAUGGAUACGCUCUUAAACUGGAGGGCGGCGCAGGCCAUGCGCUUCGGUCAACCUCUGGUGUAUGACAUGAGCUACGAGCAGCACAUGACACAGAGAGAGAUCGAAAACACAGUUUCACAGCUACUGGAGACAGAAGGAUGGAACCGUAGAUCCGUCGACCCCUUUCACCUUCAUUUCUGUAACCUACGGCCUGAUGGAGUCUACCACAGAGAAAUUCUGAAACGCUACGGGACAGAGACGUGGGAACGUCUGUUUAUCACAGCCACACCUCACCAACACACAGAGAUGUUUCCUCACGAGAGCCUCGUCUACCUCACGGCCGAUUCUCCCAAUGUCCUACGUCGCUUUGACCACACUAAAGUCUAUAUUGUGGGCGCGAUGGUCGACCGCUCCAUACAUACAGGUGUUUCGUUGGCCAACGCAAAAAGACUCAAAUUGGCCACCGCCCGACUUCCUCUGGAUGAAUAUCUGGAUUGGGGCUCGGGUGCGAAGAACCUGACUUUAGAUCAGAUGAUCCGCAUUCUGACCACCGUUAAAGAAACGGGGAGUUGGCAGAAAGCGUUCGAGUUUGUUCCUAAAAGAAAACACGGUGGUUUUUAUCAACACAGGGAGAAUAAAAGCACACAGUCGGUCAGAUCCAGGACACACAGAGAUGAAAACAACUGGGAGAGAGAAAGAGACCGAAUAUUUGUGAGUAAACAGAGAAGCCCAACAAGAGAUUAUAUCGGUAAAGAAUCUGUCCAUGUGUCCCGCGACAGCACUAAAGUUCAGACAAGACUGAGAAAUACAACAGACAGACAGAAAACACCCAGAGACCAGAAGAACUGGUGGAAGGACAAUGAAUAAUAAUAAUACUGUGUUUUACAUCAUUCACACUUAAUGCUGUUCUUAUUGUGUUCAAUAGAAAUAAAUCAUGUGUUCAGAUAAAUAUUUCA